AUUUCUACACAAUUGGAGAGAUAUACGAGAUGGAUCAUUUGCUUGUCAUGUCUCGAUUUGGCUACAUGUUCAUCAAUGUUUUGGUCCUGGUUCUUAGCCUUAUGUUCUUGAAGCUCUGUCUGCGUUGCUGGAUAUUGCCGGUUCGAGCUCUAAAGAAGCUUAAAGAAAAUGGAUUUUCCGGUCCACCUCCUAGUUUUCCAUUGGGAAACCUUGAUGACAUGAAGAAGCUAAAGACGGCCAUGGUAGUGGUGGAAAAGAGCAAAGCGUCCACCAUAAUCGACCAUGACAUACAUUCCACCGCACUUCCACAUUUUGCCCUGUGGCAACAACAAUACGGGAAAGUGUUUGUGUACUGGCUAGGCAUAGAGCCGUUCGUGUACGUAGCCGAUCCUGAAUUCUUGAGCAUUAUGUCGAAAGGUGUACUGGGGAAGAGUUGGGGAAAGCCAAAUGUUUUCAAGAAAGACAGAGAGCCAAUGUUUGGUACCGGUUUGGUUAUGGUCGAAGGCGAUGAUUGGACACGACAUCGCCACAUCAUUACUCCUGCAUUUGCCCCUAUUAAUCUUAAGGCCAUGACAAGUAUGAUGGUGGAAUCAAUCUCCAACAUGUUGGACCGAUGGACCAUACAGAUUAACUCAGGCAAUCCCGAAUUCGACAUGGAGAAUGAGAUCAUAGGAACAGCGGGUGAGAUCAUUGCUAAGACAAGCUUCGGAGUCAAGGGAGAAAAUGGAGCUCAAGUCCUCAAAAACCUAAGAGCCGUGCAAUUCGCUCUCUUCAACUCAAAUCGCUACGUAGGGGUACCUUUUAGCAACAUUCUGGCCUACAAGCAAACCCUUAAAGCGAGAGAGUUAGGUAAAGAGAUCGAUGGUCUUCUUCUCUCGAUCAUAAACGAGCGGAAGAGAUCUUUGGUCGAAGGAGACGACGACCACCAUGAUCUUCUAGGAAUGUUGCUUAAGGCCGAUAAAGGGAAGUUUACGGCUACAGAGCUUGUAGACGAGUGCAAAACGUUCUUCUUCGCUGGCCACGAGACAACGGCUUUAGCGCUGACGUGGACGUUCAUGCUUCUUGCGAUCCAUCCCGAGUGGCAAGACACGCUUAGAGACGAGAUAAGACAAGUCAUCGGAGAUUCCGAGAUUGAGUAUAACAAACUUGCGGGACUAAAGAAGAUGAGUUGGGUGAUGAACGAAGUUCUCCGGCUAUAUCCGCCGGCGCCAAACGCACAACGGCAAGCCAGGAAAGACAUUGAGGUAAACGGCAGAGUGAUUCCAAACGGUACAAAUAUUUGGAUUGAUGUGGUGGCGAUGCAUCACGACCCCAAGUUGUGGGGAGACGACGUCAACGAGUUUAAGCCAGAGAGAUUUGACGGCAGUUUGCAUGGAGGUUGUAAGAAUAAGAUGGGUUUUAUGCCGUUUGGAUUUGGAGGGAGAAUGUGCAUUGGUCGGAACCUGACCACCAUGGAGUACAAGAUUGUCUUGUCAUUGGUUUUGUCACGGUUUGAGAUCUCGGUUUCUCCUGCUUAUCGCCAUUCUCCGAAGUAUAUGCUCUCUCUUAGACCGGGUUACGGUUUGCCUUUAAUUGUACGACCACUUUAAAACUGCAAUAACGCAUAAUUUUGUGGUUUUUUAAGUUCAGAACCAAAAUUCUUGACUUUUUAAUACUGUAAACAUGUGUUUUCUUAUCGAUACUUAGAGUACCA